AUGGUGGGCUGGCGUCGUAGCCGCAGUGAGCUGCCGUACCUGGCUGGGGUCGCCCUCGCCCUCAUUGGCAGCUGCGCCUGGUUGGUUUGCACCUACCGCCGCUUGCGUCGGGCAACUUCUGCGGACAGCGAUAUCAUGGUGCGCUUGGUACUUUUCUUGGUGGCAAAGGCGGUCUUGCUGGCGCUUGAAAUCACGAUGCUUUGUGGAGCAUGGUCUGAUGUGAGCACUGGAUGGUACGUGGCCCUGGGGAUUCUGUUGUUGGACCUUCCGACGGUUGCUGCAGCUGGCACUAUGUGGAAGCAGGCCAAAAGAAUGAUGGCACAAUUCCAGGAAGAAGCUCAGAAGAAACGCAAAGAGCGGCGCAGCGAGUACUUGGACAUGCUUCCGCGACUCUCCUUCCAGGAGUUCUCCGAGCGCGAACAGGAGAACAGCGACGAGAACGAGUUCACAAACGACAGGGUCCCAGACGAGAAAGACGUCGGCAGCUACCAGCACAACAAGUGUUCUCAGGAUCAAUGCAUUAUUUGCCUUGCCGACUUCAAGCCCGAUUGCACAGUUGUUCGCCUCGACUGCGGCCAUGUCUACCAUGAGGGCUGCAUUUCCACGUGGCUCAUGGAUGAGAAGCGAGAUCCUUGCCCUUUCCGCUGCACCAACUUCCCAGCAGACUUGGUCCAUGGGCCGCAGAGCGAACCGAACUGUAGAUCGAAUGAGUUGUCCAACAGGCAAUAG